AUGGCGGGCCCGGGGCUGAGCGAGCGGGAGCGGGCGGGGUGCCGGGACCUGCUGGAGCUCCUGCACACCGAAGAGCUGCUGGCGCUCACCGACACCGUCACCAACCGCCUGGUGCACCCGGAGAGCCGCCAAGAGGCCAUUCAUGCCAUUCUGGUGUACAGCCAAAACGUGGAGGAACUUCUGAGGCGCAGGAAAGUCUACAGAGAAAUCAUCUUCAAGUAUUUGGCGGCACAGGGAAUCUCGGUGCCUCCCUCCUCGGAGAAACACGUCCUGAUCGAGCGAGUGAAGCAGCUCUGGAGCGGGCAGCUCACGGCUCGAGCCCCGGAGCCAGGGCACAGGAAACCUGCGCAGAGUCAUGGAAGUGGACAGAAGUCACCACAAGAUGACAUUGUUGGUCUAGGAGGAGAAUUCUGCCAGUGGUACUUUGAACUCCUGAACUCUCAGCACCCUUUGGGAGUAAAAUCUGAAGCAACAUGGGGACCACAGCAUUUUUGGGAGGAUGCCAAACUGAAGUUCUGUUACAACACUUUGGAAAAAAACGUGGAACAAUAUGUGGGUGCAGACAUGGUGAGCCUGCGCCUGCUGUCCUUGGUUAAAGAAGAAUGUCUCCUCUUCAACCCAAAUUUGCAUUCCAAUGGCCUGAAAUGUGCCAUGUCCCCUCAUGGAUUGGUGCUGGUGGCAGUGGCUGGCACAGUUCACAGAGACAACACUUGUUUGGGUAUCUUUGAGCAAAUCUUUGGGCUCAUCAGCUGCCCCAUGAGGAAUAACACCUGGAAGAUAAAACUGGUGAACCUUAAAAUAGUAGGGCAGAACGCUCUGGAGCCUGGGAUGCAAAUGGAACCACCUUCCAUAAAAUAUGAGUCAAACCAACUGAGAGAGUUCUAUGAUGGGAAUGAACUGACUGUGUUUGAACCUCAGAAAUUCUGAGCAUUUUGUCACAGCUGGCUGAGGGGCUGGGUUGUUGCUGCCACGCAGUUUCUCUUCUCUGAGUAAGAUUUGCUGAGUGGCAGGCUGAGAUACAGGGUAUUAACACAAGUGAUGCUUGUAGGCACUUUGCAAGAGCUAACAAAUAUUUCAUGGGUAUUCCUUCAGGUUUUGCACUGUCAUUAGAGGGGAGUUUUGUUAUUCAUGGUUGCAUUUAAAUAUGGAUUGGCAGCCAUGUGUAAUGAGGGGUUCACAAACUGCACAUUCUCUUCAGGACACCAUUUGACGCUCUCACCUGAGCUGUAGCAGGAAGUCAUUGCAUCUGGCUGUGGAAAUCUGGGAGGGCCAAGUGUUUAAAUGGACAUCUGAGUCCCAGGAAAACCAAUAGAAAACCCAAAACAAAACACUGUGAAUGGAGGCAGCUGCUGUGGAUGUUCUAAGUGUGUUUUAAUGGGACAGUGCAGGGAACUUGGCAUUGUUGGAGUCUUUUUAGCUUCUUUGCACUGAUUGCUUCCUGUCCUUUCACCUUAUGGUUCCAGUUUUGUCUUGAACACACAGAAUCUUUUCUGUCUGUGUCCCCAAGCAGACAGGCUUGAGAUGGAUGCCCAUUUCUUGCACUGUCUUGGAUCAAGAACUUGAUUUCAAAACUUGCAGCAACACUGUAUGAACCAAGUGCUCUGAUAGUUAUUUUGUAUGUAAUUACAAGAGAGUUUUUAAUAUAAUAGUUUUGAUUUUCGUAUGUUUUCUUGAAAUAAGUAUUUUGUUUACUCUGAGCUGUUUUAUUACAGGUACUGAAAGUCCAUUUCUUACCACUGGGUGGUUACAGUGAUAGGUCACACUAAGCAAAGCUAUCCAAUUACUAAUUAAUAAUAGGUAAUUUUUAAAUUAUUGCCGGUGUAAAACUUGA